AAAGAACUUGAGACUCACCUGAAACGGUAUGCAUUGCAAGAAGAAUUUUCUUAUAAAAAAACAAGAGUUGAUUAUCAUUUGAGUCAAGACAAAAUGAAAGGCUUAACAGCAGAACAGAAAAAACAUGAAAUUAAACGAAGAACUUAUGAGUUCAUUGUGACAAGACCUAAAAAGGAAAAUCCUAUUGGUAUAACUUCCAUUAAACUUGAAUACAAUCAUGAAAUGAAUCCAUUAGUUAAUGAAAUGGCCCUUAAAUUUUGGAAAUUUACACAGCCAAUGCUUAAUGAUGUUGAAUUUUAUGUGAAACAUGAGACAACCAAUGAUGUGCCUUCAAAAUUCUUUGGACAUAUUAAUAAGAUUUGCAAAGAAUUUUUAACACCACAUAUUCUUGCAGUAACACAAAAUCAGAUGAAUCAUUUAUUCUUUUACGAUGCUUAUUUGAUGGAUAGAAACUUUAUUCAACAGUCUAUGAUCAGAAAUAUACAAAAUGUGACAAUUAUCGAAAUCUGGGAGAUUAAACUGGAACUUUCACAAACAAAAUCACAUUUUGUUAUUUUAAUGAUAGAUGGAAAUCAUUUUUGCACCUGCAAUUUCUUGAUAUCAUUUGGUGUUCCUUGCAGACAUUUUUACAAAGUUCUUAGAAAAAGUCCAGAAGCUAAGUUUCAUAUUUCAUUAAUAAAUCAACGCUGGUAUUAUGACUUAAAGCUUAGUAUUACUGAUGAGGAAUUGGCUUUAUUAAAUGUAAUAUUAAUUGUUGAAGAUAGUUCCGAAGCAACAGUUUAUAGAGAAAUGAACUUUAAUUAUAUUCAUCAAGUCCGUGAUGGUCAAGUUUAUACAGAAAAACUUCAAAAGAUUGUUUCAGCAAAAGUAAAAUAUGGAAGGUCUUUAAGAAUUGCAAGAAAGGCUUUGGAUUUAGCACAAAAAUUAAACUAUUAUAAUGAGUUAAAUGAAAUACUUCAAACUGAAGAAGAAACUGCAAACCAAAAUAAGAAGCAAAAAGUAACUAAUUUGGAGUUAGAACAUACGAUAGAAAAUGAAGUUAAUGAUGGGGAUAAUAAAAAACAAAGAAGAUGUAAGGGUUGUAAAGGUAUAGGUCAUGAUUUGCGCAAUUGUAAAAGUAAACCUCUUAGUGAAAGAAAUUAA